AUGAGUUCAGAAUCCAUCUACACGUCGCUGAGUGACCCCGACACUAUCAGAAUACUCGAGAUCGGCCUGCUUCACCCGGGUAGCAAUCAGCUAAGCGGGCGCCUCACUAUCGAAAGCUUGCACGAUCAGCCCGAUUAUGUCGCCUUGUCUUAUGUUUGGGGAACUUCAUCAUCUGAUGACCCGUUGAUUGACAUCAAUGGUCAUUCAUUUCAAGUCACACAAUCGCUCUUUCAAGCUAUCAAAGCCUUGGUAUCCGACACCAAAAUCAGGAUCUGGAUUGACCAGAUCUGCAUCAACCAGAAUGACAACACGGAGAAGGCACACCAAGUACAGCUCAUGUCCAAGAUAUAUAGCCAGGCUCGGCUGGUUGUAGGCUGGCUCGGCCAUGAAGCCGACGAAAGCAACCUUGCCAUGGCGUCCCUCAGCUACGUCAAUCGCCUUUCAAGAGAGAUAAUGGACGAGGAUUCCAAGCAGAGUCCGCCGCCCUAUGAGUUGAGAAAUGACAAGGAUUCUUAUUCCGAAAUCUACCACGAUAUAAUAGACCCUACAGGAGGAAAGCUAGGGACCGCCUGCCAUACUCUUGUUCAACGACCGUGGUUUUGCAGGCUGUGGAUCGUCCAGGAGGUGGCUCUGGCUAAAGAACUCGAGCUUCGCUGCGGCUCAUCAUCGAUUUCUGGAGAGGAGUUCUUUAGAGCAAUCCAAAUUUGCACCUGGGAAUGUGAGAAUCCCCAAGACCGCCUGAACGGUCUUUUCGGGGUUGCUUUUCGGCAUGAUCCAGUUAGCGCGUGGUUCAAACCUAGUUCCUCCAUGUCUGGGCCCGAGCUAUUCACCAUGUUUGCGACAGAACACAUACGCGUUACUGGAAAUCUGGACAUAUUGCAUUUCACUGGAUGUGAGAAUGCUUCCACUCAAGUUGAACAAGAGGCAGACGUUUUACGGCCCUUCCCCGUUAUAACCCCAUUGAAUGAUCUCGCUUCUUGGGUGCCAGACUGGCGAGUGAAAAUGCGGCCAUUGCCACUAUUGACCAGCGUUCAAGACAACAUCUGGGUGAAUUUCUCUGCUACGGCUUCUGAACCAGAUUAUUCCCUCGAUCGAACUUCUCAGACGCUUCAUGUCCGCGCCAUCGAGGUUGACAAGGUCAAGAUGAGAGGUCUACAGUAUCAUCCGUUUAGCAGCCAUUCGGCUGAUUUUGUCGAUGGGUGUUUUCUCGAGUGGCUGGAACUAGUCAAGAACUACAUCGGUAGUACUCAGACUGAGUCUAUGUUCCCUUUUACUAUGACGAUGGAUAGAAAGGUGGCCAUACCAGGACGGUCCCCGAACUGCUUCGACCCCAACACCAUCCUGGACCAUCUUGAACGUCAUGCCCAAGAGGUGGCGUCUGGAAAAUAUCAUGAGAAAAAUAAAGACUGCUGGAGAGAGACGAUUGGACCGGUAAUCGAGUUUCGGUAUCUUGCCGAGGAGCUUUGUCGCUACCGCGUCUUAUUCGUUACU